UCUGUGGGGUGGUUUAAAUAAAUUCCAUCUAGGGUUUUGUGCCUCUCGCGUCUCUCCCCUUUCUCAGAGAAUGGCAAAGUCGAAGAAUCACACGGCGCACAAUCAGUCUGCCAAGGCGCAUAAGAACGGAAUCAAGAAGCCAAGGAGGCACCGUCACACCCCAACCAGAGGAAUGGAUCCUAAGUUCCUGAGGAACCAGAGGUACGCAAGGAAGCACAACGUCAAGAGUGGCGAGAAUGCUAGCGCUGAAGAAUAAGUAUUUUGAUUAUCUCUGUGAGACAUUUUGAUGUUUUUUUUUUUUUUUUUUUAUGAGUUUGAGACUUUCUUAGACAAAGGAACCGAUGUACUACUAUCAAUCCAGGGAUUGUGUCGAUUUCAGAUUCUCUUAUUUUGCAAUUCUUUCACUA